ACCGAAUUCAUGUUUCAUCCCAGGCUGCACCGCGCCGUGAUUGAUCCGCUUCGAAGGGCCUUUCUGCGGGGAGGGAGGGGCGGAUUAUGCACGGUUCAACUGGCCGAUAAUGCAUAGUGCACUCUUCGUUGCACAUCGGACCCUGCUAGGCUGCUUCGUUCAUUCAUGCGAGGCGGGGGUUACAUGCGGACUCGCUGCCUCUGUAUGGUCUGCCGACAACGCGAGGCCGGAUGAUGGUGUGUGCAAUACCUUGCUGACUAGCACACCCGCUGCCGAAACCAUUGGUGGCUCGGGCAGGAGCUGCACUGUUGACUUCGUUGGGGAAUUCGGGCGUACGUAGAGUGCGAUUCUGUAGAAUGGUCGAGCAGCGUGUCAGCUCCACACUGGAUCCCCCAG